AUGGAGAAGGUAGAGAUUUAUAUAGACCAUAAGAACCUAAAGUAUCUCUUCUCCCAGAAAGAGUUGAAUAUGAGGCAACGCAAAUGGAUGGAGCUUUUCAAGUACUACAAUGAUGAAAAUUUGUAUCACCUGGGGAAGGCCAAUGUGUUGGCCGAUGCAUGGAGUCAUAGGGGAGUUUCCAUAGCAGCUAUGAUGGUCCAAGAGUGGAUGUUAUUGAGGCAGAUGGGUGAGAUGUCUAUCUUUGGUCCUGAGAAGAGGCCUAUUAUUUUGGAAGAUGUGGAAAAGCUUUCCUCAGUGGGAUUUAGUCAGAGGGAUGAUGGCCUGUUGUUAUUCCAAGGGUGGAUUUGUGUUCCCGAUGAUGCAGAGAUUAGGAAUGAAAUUUUGUUAAAAGCUCACAAGUCCUGUGGAACAUCACAAACUAUCUGGCCUCCUAUAGUCGUUACCUAUUCUGGAGUGGAAGUGGGAAAUAUAUCCAUGGACUUUGUGACGGGUUUGCCUAGGACGAUGAAGAGGCACCACGCCAUAUGGGUGAUAGUUCACAGGCUGAUUAAAUCAACCCACUUCUUGCCGAUAAGAAAGACCUACCCUCUGAAUCAAUUGACGAAGAUGUAUAUUGAGGAGAUCAUGAGACUACAUGACAUUCCAUCUAGUAUUGUGUCGGAUCUUGAUCCUCGUUUUACCUCACACUUUCGAGAGGCUCUGCAUGGUAUUUUGGGGACUAAGUUGAGAUUCAGUACUACAUUUCAUCCGCAGACUGACAGACAGAUAGAGAGGACGAUCCAGACAGUGGAGGAAAUGCUUAGGAUAUGCGUAUUGGAUUUUUGUGGUAGUUAG